GCUGCCCAUCUACGAGGAGUGCGUUUGAUUGUUGCAGGGCUCAAUGGCGGACAGAGCAGGGUAGUCGCGUUAACACCGAGGACAAUAACGUUUCGACUGGGUGAGCGCCUGGCGUGACUCGGUCCUCCGUGGCGACUGUUGAAACUAUCAGUCCGUCGUGCAGCCGUAUCCGACGGAAGUGAGCCGCCGCCUCCUGGCAGAUUAUCUCCCUCGAGUUGCCAUCCCGAGCAGCGGAGAAGUUACACUGUUCAUGGUGGCUCACUAGAGGCUGCUGCUAGCUUGUGAGCGAACCAUGGGGGAACCUCUCGAACUCAUCGGGAAACGGCUGCUUCUGCUCCUCGACGACGGCAGGUCGGCGAACGGACCCGAGCCGGGACAGCCGGCCUGGGCCCGGGACUGGCUCCGGGGAACUGUUCGGGCGGUGAGCGUCAUCGGCCUGCCCGUCCCGGAGGUUAGCGGAGGGGAGGCGACAACAACAACCUCCGCUGCGGGGCUUACGGUAUGUGUGGAGUUUGAGAAUGCCUCGCAGCGAUCCUCGUGGGUGCAGGUGUACGACGAUGGGGUGAAAGCGGUGCUGGUUGAAGACUCCAUUGUUUGGGCCAGUCGAAGUGAGGCUACCGGGACAGCCGCAGCUCCAGCUCCGGCAUCAGCAUCGGCCACGGCCUGGCCAGCUCUGGCUUACCGCCCUCUGGUGGACAAAGUGGGUCUGCGAUCGUUGUUUCCUGUGGAGUAUUUUGGAAACAAGAAUUUAGAGUUCCUGUCUGAUAACAAAUCUGUGCAGAGGUUUGAGGUCGAUAAAGAUCUACGACACCCGUUGCUGUUGGAGCAGCCUUCUUUGCAUGCUGCCAUCACCAGCUGGCGUACUGACUUUGAACUGCAGGAGAUCUUCAGAAAGGGUUCAUUCACUAUUCAAGGACGCAGAGUUCGUGUGUAUCAGCCCGAGUUUGAUGAGUGCUGGGCCUCAGGACUGGUGUCCCAGCACGACCCCAUCUCUCACAUCAUGGAGAUUACCUUGGAUAAGGGAGAAGAAAAUCAACUUGUAGAUCCUCGGGUCAUCCAUGUCAAGCUGACUGAAGAGGAGCUCGGUAAGAAUGGCCGACGAAGGAAGGAUAGUGAAACAAUGAAGGGUGAUAAUGGGCGCAGGCGUAGGACUGCGUCAGAAGGUGAGGAUGACUUGAACUUGAAACGUUUUAAAGGAGCAGGAGACGCCGGAGCCGAGGCACAGAACUGUGGCGACGCCAACAAAACUUCGGCGGAAGGCAUUGGGAUCUGGGCUGGAGAUUCAAACGAAAGAGUCAGCAGCACAACCAAAAAUGGAAGCUCUACUGAAGGAACCUUUCCUCAAGGCAGAGUGUCGUCCCCCAACACCACUUCUUCACUUCAGAUGGACCCGACAAACGCCACCGCCCGUUACCCUGCCCACGUCAAAGAAAAUGGUCGCUCGCUCUCCACGCAAGGAGCAGCAGACUCCACCACCACCCUGACUCACACCCCAACCCCUCCCCCCCUGAAGCCAGCCCCCUCCCCUUUCUCCACCACAUCUUUUCCUUCACUAGGCCAGAUGCCAAUCUUAGUCCCUGGAGCUCCGGCACCCAAGGCCUCCCCAUCCCCCCAACCAGACAGAGAGGAGGCUUGCCAGUCUGCGUAUUCCAAAACAGCUGCUCUCGUCUCCCCGGGACCCGUCACCAUUUCUUGGUCUCAGGACAGCGGUCCCAGUGUGGCGCUCUCUGCUUCUGUGGGGUUCAGUGCUAAAGCCCCAACCUGGGGAAGCCAGACUGAGGGUUCUAAAACGGCUUCAAGCUUCCGGUUGUCCCAGGCAGUGUCUGCUGCUCCUGUUUUUGGAGACGUUACCUCUCAGACCAACGGAGCUCCUACUGCUAGUCCAGCCUCACAGGACACUCCAAGGCCCUUUGGCUUUGGAUUUGGAGCAGCAAAGAAUGAGUCUCAAGCUCAGCAAGACCAAAACCUGUUUUUCCAGUGUAUGACCCAGACUUCUGGCUCCAGUCAGAGCCUCGCUGCAGGUCAGACCCAAUCCAAGGACUCCAAUUAUUUUACUGCAGUGUCGGAGGGCCUGAGUAAACAGCCCCCAAGCCUUUUUAAGAGCACAGCCUCCACUGAAGGGCUGAAAAAGCCUGACCAGCCCAAAGUGCCUGAGGCCCAUCCAACAGGAAACGGCGUGUUCAACAAAUCGUCAUUGGCCUUCCAAGGCAUGGGUGGCUCUGCAGGAGGACAGAGCUCCGGCUUAUGUGUGGGUGGCGCUGCUGUGACGGCUGGAGUCCAGAGCACUUCUAAGAAGAACUGUAACAACGGAACUUCUGUUGGGGGAUUGGGAUUGCAGUCUGGUUUUAAUUCUUCAGAUAGUCACCAGAACCUGUUUCUACAGGCUUCCAAAGAGCCUGCAAAUCCAUUUCUGUCAUACGGGGAUAAAGCCUCCCACACACCUUUCGCUGGCCUUACUGGGACUGAGCCACAGACCCCUGGUCCUACUUUGGACGGCAAACCAAACCUGUUCACGAUGGCGGAACCACCUAAGGGGAUUCUGUCUUCCACUUUCCCAGCAGCAGCAGCAUCAGCCAGCUCUUCCUCCUCUCUGGCUCCAGCCUCCUCUCCCAGACUGCAGAGCGAAGGAGGUGUGACGAGCGAGAGCGAGCAAAAUGAUGGGGAGAUGCCGACAUCCACGUCAGGAUGCUCCGUUUUCGGCAGCGCCGGUCCCGGUGGAACGGAGGAAGAGUCCGUUUCCUUUGACCAGAGCCAGUCUCAAAAGUUCAACCUGGAAGAAAGAGGCCAGUCUUCUAAACAUGACUCUGACUCCAGCAGCAACAGUGACCUCUCAGACUUGAGCGAUAACGAGGAGGGGCUCGAGAAAGGCGAAAUACCAGGAGGACCUCCUCACUCUUCCAAGGAUGCAGCCAUUCUCCAGAAAAAUAAAAUCCAAGGAGCCGCAAAGAGCCGUCCACGCAACAAACCUUUUAAAGUGGGCCAGUCUGUACUGAAAGACCAGAGCAAAGUCCGGCGCCUGAAGCAGUCCGGCGAGUCUUUUCUCCAAGAUGGCUCCUGCAUCAACGUGGCCCCUCAUUUACACAAGUGCCGUGAGUGUCGCUUGGAGCGCUACCGUAAAUGUCGAACUACAGACGACGACAGCGAUGACGACGACGACCCAAAUGUGGCCUGUCGCUUUUUCCACUUCAGAAGGUUGGCCUUCACCCGUAAAGGCAUCCUGCGUGUGGAAGGCUUUUUAAGUCCUCAGCAGAGCGACUCCAUGGCCAUGGGCCUGUGGCUUCCCGCACCAGCUGUCCAAGAGGGCCUCGACCUCGAUACAUCCAAGUACAUCCUGGCUAAUGUGGGAGACCAGUUCUGUCAGCUGGUCAUGUCCGAGAAGGAGGCCAUGAUGAUGGUGGAACCUCACCAAAAAGUGGCCUGGAAGCGCGCUGUGCGAGGCGUCCGAGAAAUGUGCGACGUGUGUGAGACCACUCUGUUUAACAUCCACUGGGUGUGUCGCAAGUGUGGCUUCGGGGUGUGUUUGGACUGCUAUCGGCUGCGCAGAAACAGGCCGCGGGAGGACGUUGACGAAGGUCCAGAAGAUGAGGUUUUCUCUUGGUUGAAGUGUGCCAAAGGCCAACCCCAUGAGCCACAGAACCUCAUGCCUACUCAGAUUAUACCUGGGACAGCUCUUUACAACAUAGGUGAUAUGGUACAUUCAGCGAGAGGCAAGUGGGGUAUUAAAGCAAACUGCCCCUGUGCCAGUCGACACGCGAAGCCUCUAGUGCGCCCCACUGCCCCCAAUGGGAUAUCACAGUCUCCCAUGAGCAGCGGCGGUAGCCUUCCGGUCGCAGCCUCUGGUGCUGGCGCCACUCCAAAAUCAGAGGGAGACACACCUGCAAUCAAAACAGAAACUGCACAAACAUCAGCGCCAUCAGACAGCGGCGGAGGGGAAAGUGUUGGUAGCACCAGUAACUCCACCAGUGGUACAUCGUCCCCCUGUAACCACGCCCAGCCCUCUGCCAAGGAGUCACGCUCAUCGGGAGAAGGCAACAGUUCAGCUUUGCACUGGCUGGCAGACUUGGCUACUCAGAAGGCGAAGGAUGACACCAAGGAAUCGGGAUCCCUUCGCUCCAUGAUGAACCGAGACACUCGGCCGCCCUUUGGACUGGAUUCACUCAGUGCCCUGUCAAAGCCCUCUGCUUCCAGCCCGAAGUUAUUUAACAGCCUGCUGCUGGGCUCCAGCAUGACCCAGUCUAAACCUGAGGGAUCCAGUCUACGAGACCUGCUCAACUCGGGACCGGGCAAAUUGCCUCAGGGCCCUGGAGAGAGUGGGGUCCCGUUCCCCUCGGUGUUUACCUCAACGGGAGGUGACAAGUUGAAGAGCAGCCUUCCGAAUUUCUUGGAUCACAUCAUUGCAUCGGUUGUGGAAACCAAGAAGGCGGAGGGCCGUCGCUCCGGGACGUCUGAAGGCGGCGAACUCAGCGUGUUGGGAGGCCGCAAAGAAGGAGUGAUGGGCCUUAGCGUUUUAGAACCACAUACAUCCCACUCCUGGCUCUGUGAUGGGCGGCUCCUCUGCCUACAGGAUCCCAGCAACAGCAACAACUGGAAAAUCUUCAGGGAGUGCUGGAAGCAGGGACAGCCUGUGCUGGUAUCAGGGAUACACAAACGCCUGAAGUCUGAGUUGUGGCGGCCCGAGGCCUUCAGUGAGGAGUUUGGAAAUCAGGACGUAGACCUGGUCAACUGUAGAAAUUGUGCUAUUAUCUCUGAUGUGAAGGUGCGAGACUUUUGGGACGGCUUUCAGGUCAUCUCCAAGCGACUGCUAGACAAUGACGGGCAACCCAUGGUGUUAAAAUUAAAAGAUUGGCCACCGGGUGAAGACUUCAGGGACAUGAUGCCCACACGGUUUGAUGAUUUAAUGGAUAACCUCCCCUUGCCCGAGUACACGAAAAGAGAUGGCCGUCUAAACCUUGCGGCCCGCUUGCCCAACUUUUUUGUGCGUCCUGAUCUCGGACCCAAGAUGUACAAUGCCUAUGGCUUGAUCUCGACUGAAGACAGGAAGGUGGGAACCACUAACCUCCAUCUGGAUGUAUCUGACGCAGUCAACGUCAUGGUGUAUGUCGGCAUUCCUCACGGCGAGGGAAACCACGAGCAAGAGGCAGAUAUCUCUGGACGCGCAGAGGUCAUGACCACCAUCGAGGAGGGCGAUGUGGAUGAAAUGACCAAGAGGAAGGUGUACGAGGGACAGGAGAAACCCGGAGCCCUCUGGCACAUCUACGCUGCCAAGGACGCCGAGAAGAUCCGAGAGCUGCUCCGCAAGGUGGGAGAAGAGCAAGGGCAGGAAAACCCCCCAGACCACGACCCCAUUCACGAUCAGAGCUGGUACCUGGACCAGGGGCUGCGCCGCAGGCUCUAUGAAGAAUACGGCGUCCAGGGCUGGGCCAUCGUUCAGUUCUUAGGAGACGCUGUUUUUAUCCCUGCUGGAGCGCCACACCAGGUCCACAAUCUGUACAGCUGUAUCAAGGUGGCGGAGGACUUUGUAUCUCCUGAACAUGUGAGACACUGUUUCAGACUCACCCAGGAGUUCAGACAUUUGUCCACUACUCACACGAACCACGAAGACAAACUACAGGUGAAGAACAUCAUCUAUCAUGCAGUGAAGGAUGCUGUCGGGACACUGAAGGCCCACGAACCCAAACUGGCACGCCCUUAAUUCCUCUCUCUGAACAACCAGCCUCUGAAAACCACUCCACUCUGUGCACACCAACAUAACACAAGUACAAGCUGCAGAGAACAGAGAUCCGGUCGGGUUUUUGUUUGUUUUGUUUGUUUUUUUUGGGGGGGAGGGUUGGGGGGCAGUGGGAACAUUUGAUUCGGGGUUCAGACUUGAGGGCCUAAUCAGCGUUUUGAUGAAGGAAGUCCUUUGUCGCUGUUCAACAGUUCACUCAAACAUGUCUAGUUUUUCAAGUUUUUUGGUUCCUUUUUAUGAUUAACUCUGUAUUUAAGGUCGGCGUGUUUGUUCUGUUGUUUUCAUUGUAUAUGUAAGAUGUGAGCGUAAGGGAGGUCACAGCUGACGUGCCUUUGGAGCAGAAGAUCAGCUACAUUAUAAGCAAACUGGCAGAAAUGUGAGUUCUGGGCUGGCUAACUUUCCUAUUUUGAUUUUUUUUUUUUUUUUUGUUUCAAUAGGAGCAAGGUUAACCUGUUUUUGUAGAUUUCUUUUGACGUCUUUAAACAGCUGAUUGUUUCUGCCCUCUGUGGCUGAAAUGAAUUUGAGGAGCAGCCAGUCAAGGGAAGCAGACCAAAGUUUUAUAUUUAGUUUUCUUAUUUCACUCUUAGUGUAAGAAGUCUUUUUCUUUUUAUACAUCACAAGAAAAUGAUUGGGAGGGCUUCAGAAAAGAUGUUUUUUUUUUUCCCCCCACCUGUCUUUGUUCCGUGAGUUGAAUGAACUGCAGACAGAACUACUGGCCAUUAACAUUGUAUCAAUAUAUAUAUAUUGAUCUUAGCAGUCUGUUUGAUUUUUCACAAUAAAGUUUACAAAAACUAAA